UGAAAGAUCAAUUUGCUGUGUAUAAUUUUACGCUCGUUACCUAUCAAGACUAAAGUCAACAAGCAAGAUUGAAAUUGCGCUAUUCAUAACAAUACUCGAAUUUACUAUAAUUUGAAUGCGAACAACUAGAGCGUACAAAGAGUCAACCAGAAACGCUCGUUGUUAUUUCUUUCUCGAUAUUUAUAUAUUCGUCGAACACAAUCGAGUCUUCAUAUUUUCGAAAUGUGAAACAGAUUUUAACAAUAUCACGAACAUUAGCGAUUGUUUUUUUUUUGCGCUUUAUAACGAUAUAGUAUCAUUCUUAAUUUAUUGAGGAUCUUGUCCCAUGUAUAGUAACACGCAUAAUAUAAAAAGUAACAAAAGUUUAAAUAGCCACCUGAUAAAAUGUUGAAGAUUACAUUGCUUCUUAGUGCGUUCGAUAUUAUUCGAUGUGAGAUGCAGACAACAAGAUUAGAAAGGACUGUAACCGAAGCACCGUCUUGUAGUAAUCCGCCCCAGUGUUAUUUACCGGAUACGUACAAGACCGAGCUGAAGAGCAUAUCGUUUCUACCUUAUCUGAAUUCUCCGAAAAUACGCAAACAACAAUCUAUUCAACGCAGUUAUUAUGGUGGGUUCAGCUCAUCCGCACCGGCUUACUACCACGCUUUCGAUCCCAUCAGCGUAUUAGCGUCAUUGGCGUUCUUGGCAUUUUUAUUGCAAUCAUUUGCCACGCUUUUUGAACGUUCGAGAUCGAUCUUACCGACGAUAAUUAGUGGCAGACAGUCGACCAUUGACUUGAGAGUUCCAGAGAUUCCAAAACAUGUGUCACAUGCCUUGCAGGAAUAUGAAAAUCUCAAUGAUGAUUUCAAGAAGAAGUAAUUGAUAGUAACUUUUUGUAUAAAGU